AGCAAAAAGUAAAUCAUCAAGAAAAUACAUACGAAAGAAGCUUGCAACUAUAUGAGAAAGUUCCUUAAAAUUCUCUCUAUAAAAGUCAAUUUUAACUAUACAAACACGCAAGUAAGUCAGUGACUCCAGCCAUCAUGGAAGAGUGCCGGUUCGAGACGAGCGAGUUACAGGCUUCGUUCAUGACUGCGACUCCGUUAUGGUCUGAUUCAUGGAGUUUAUGUGACGUGGCCGAUCGCACAAGGAGUAUUCAGAUCCAAAACAUCGCCGGAAUCAUAUACGUUGCUUUACCAGAGGUGGAGAUUACUCAACCGGAAAAUCUCGUGGUCCUGGAAGUCGCCGGAGAUGGGUUUUUCUCGACCUUGUCAACAUCAUUACCCUCCGAUAAGCCUCCUCCUAUGGUCAACGGUGCAAUACGUGAACUCUUUGUUUCCUCAGCUCUCCAUAUUCAGUCACAGAUCACACAAGGAUUGGCAAUGGAAGAAAGAAAACAGGUGGUAAUAACCGGACAUUCAACUGGCGGCACAGUGGCCGCACUCACCGCACUUUGGCUUCUCUCACAACCUUCAAAGCCGUCGUUCCGCCUCCUCUGCAUCACCUUUGGCUCUCCUUUGCUCGGAAACGAAACUCUCUCUACCUCCAUCUACCGAUCACGUUUAGCACACAACUUCUGCAACGUGGUCUCCAUCCACGACCUUGCUCCCCGAAGAAAUGAUGAUCUCUGGCCCUUUGGAACCUUUCUAUUUUGUUCUGACAAUGGAGGUGUCUGCUUAGACAAUGCUGCUUCAGUUCGUCGGAUGUUUCUUAUACUCAACUCGGCAACAACUCAAAACAUUGAGGAACGUCCAAGGUACGGAUAUUACGUGUCUACACUCUCUCACCAGUUUCUCAUAUCUAGAAGCUUUAGUGGUGGUAAUUCCUCAGACAAUAGCUACCAAGCUGGUUUAGCAUUGGCAGUAGAAUCUCUAGGAUUCUCUAGUGAUCACCCAUGGGGUGUAUCAGCGAAAGAAUGUAUAGAAACAGCUACAAAAAUUGCUCGUGCACCGAUUUUGAGAUCGAGUGAGUUAGCUAUUGAGCUUGGUAAUGUCUUGCCAUCGAGAUUAGAGAUUCAGUGGUACAAAGAAAGCUGUGACCCCCCAUCAAAGCAGCUCGGUUACUACGACAACUUCAAAGUAAUGUCAAAAAGAGAGAUGAGGGUGAACAUGAGUCGCACAAAGCUAGCUAAGUUUUGGGAUGGUGUGUUAAGUAUGGUGGAAAAUAAUGAGUUACCUUUUGAUUUUCAUCUUGGAAAGAAAUGGGUAUAUGCAUCUCAGUUUUACCAACUCUUAGCCGAACCACUUGACAUUGCAUACUUCUACAAAUACGAGUAUUCAAGGACUAAAGGUCACUACAUGGAGAAUGGGAAUAGACACAAAAGGUAUGUAGUGAUUGAUAAGUGGUGGAAAGAAAGAGGAGAGCCUCAUAAAGAGAAGCGUGCAAGAACUCGAUAUGCAAGCACUACGCAGGAUACUUGCUUUUGGGCUAAGCUGGAGGAAGCAAAAGAGUGUCUGGAUGAUAUGAGAAGCGAGAGUAUCGAUGUGCAGAGACGGUCUUUGUUAUGGAAAAAGAUUGUUGGAUUUGAGAGCUAUGCAAUUACAUUGGUGAAGAAGAAGGAAGUUUCAGUUGAUGUAUUGGCAAAGGAGUCGAGCUACAGUAAGUGGGUGAAGAAUCUAAGUGAGUUCAAGUCCCAAAUGGGUUAUAUGGUUGUUGAUGAGAGUAACGCAAUGGAGAUUUAGGAGAAUUAUAGCGAAUCUAAUUUAUGAUAUGCUAUAUAGCAAUGUUUAUGAACUGUUUUUCAUCAUGUUUAUGUAAGAAUUUCUGAUGUAUGCUACUAUAUAUUCCAAAACAAGCUUUAUCAUUUAUAUUCCAAAACAAGCUUAUGCCAGAGUUGCUAAUAUGGGCUAUUAAUCUA